AUGAUGAACGCGGCGACGACGAGCAUGGACGCGAUCGCGGCCGUCCGCGGCUACGUCGAGAAGAUCAUCGCCGACGGGCAGCUCGAUGGCAUGAAGGCGCUCAUCCUCGACGGCGAGACGACCAAGAUCAUCAGCAUGGUGCUCAGCCAGUCGCAGAUCCUCGAGAAGCAAGUCUUUCUCGUCGAGCAGCUCGGCGCCAAGACGCACGAGCGCAUGGCGCACCUCAAGGCCGCAGUGCUAUUGCGGCCGACGCUGCGCAACCUCGAGCUCCUCAAGCACGAGCUCAAGGCGCCCAAGUAUGGCGAGUACCACAUCUUCUUCACCAACAUUACGUCAAGCGACGUCUUGGAGCGGCUCGCGGAAGCCGACGAGCACGAGGUCGUCCACCAAGUCCACGAGUACUACGCCGACUACAUGGCGAUCAACGAGCACCUCUUCCACUUCAACCUCCAUGGCGCCCUCAGUCUCAGCGUCAAAGGCGCCAACCUCGCCAACAUGACGCCGAAGAACGCGGCCCUCUACCAGCGCAGCGUCGACGGGCUCCUCGCAGUCCUCCUCUCGAUGAAGAAGAAGCCGAUUGUGCGCUUUGUCAAGCACUCGGACGUGGCCGAGAAGCUCGCGCGCGACGUGGCCACGCGGAUGCAGCACGAAGACGGCCUCUUUGACUUUCGCCAGCCCAGCGUCGCGCCACUCUUGCUCAUCUUGGACCGCAAGGACGAUCCGGUGACACCGCUGCUGUCCCAGUGGACGUACCAGGCCAUGGUGCACGAGCUCCUUGGUCUGUUUGAGAACCGGGUCGACCUCGAGCGCGUCGUCUUGAGCGUGACCUCGGACGCAUUCUUCGCGCAGCACGUGCACGCCAACUUUGGCGAGAUCUGCAUGGCGGUCAAGGACCUUGUCGACGCGUACAAGCGCAGCUCCAAGCAAAACGAGAACAUCGAGUCGAUCGAAGACAUGCAGCGCUUCGUCGACAAGUACGCCGAGUUCCGCGCGCAGUCGGUGACCGUCUCCAAGCACGUGACGCUCAUGGGCGAGCUGAACCGGCUCAUCGAGGUCCAGGGCCUCAUGGACGUGAGUACGCUCGAGCAGGACAUGGCCUGCAAUGACGACGCGUCGGGCCAUCUCCGCGAGCUCACACUGCGCUUGCGCAAGGCUGCGAUCGCGCCGGCCAACAAGCUCCGUCUCGCGCUGCUGUACGCGCUGCGGUACGAAAGCCCGUCGACGACCAAGGCGGUGCGGGACCUCCUCCUCGAGGCAAAUGUCCCCAACGCCCAAGACGCGAUCAGCACCAUGCUCGCCUAUGGUGGCGCACCGGCUCGGACCGGCGACUUGUUUGGCGAGAAGGGGCUUAAGAAGUUCAUCAAGGCCAUGGCGCAGGUCACCCAGGGCCUCCAAGGCGUCCAGUGCGUCCUCACGCAGCACGUGCCGCCGCUCCUCAAGAUGCUUGAGAACCUCUUUGUGAAGGGCGUGCUCCCGGACGCUGAGUACGGUGGCUUCCAGCCGUCACCGCCGCUGCCCAAGAAGCUCAAGGACGUCAUCGUCUACAUCCACGGCGGCGUCACGUUUGAGGAAAGUUUGAAAGUCGCCGAGCUCAACACGAAACUCGCCGCGUCCGGCCAGCGCGUCCUCCUUGGUGGCCCUAUGGUGCACAAUUCGGAGAGCUUUCUCAAGGAGCUUUUGGAGUCGGCCGACGCGUCGUCGCCAGCCACGUCGGUGACGCCGUCCUGGAAGUACGAAGGCAAGCAUCUCUAA